AUGUCAAUUGCACAAGUGAAACCAGUAUCAAACAAAGUUGAGAUAACAUGGGCGGAGAAUACAAGUGAAGAAAGAAAUACGUCAUCCGUAGCUUCUACAUAUCACAACAUUUGGUUACGUGAUAAUUGUCACUGCUCCAAAUGUUACUACCCAUUGACAAAACAACGAUUGCUCAAUUCGGCAACCAUUGACCUUGACAUCAAGACCAAACUGAUCACUCACAAUGGUGAAAUUGUGACUAUAGUGUGGGACACUGAACACGAAUCGAAAUAUGAUGCACAUUGGUUACGCAUCCAUUCAUAUAAUCCUAGAUUGAUCGCCGUUGAAGACAAGUUAUCUGGAGCCAAACUGAAAUUGGCCCAGCACAAGUGGCAAGUGAAGGACAUUGAACUGGAUUUACCCCGUGUUGACUACAACACAGUUAUGAAAUCAUCAGAUGAGAGUGAUAAUGAAGAUGCCAUUAGAGAUUGGUGUUUGAAGAUUUGGCAAUUUGGAUUCUGUUUGAUUGAUAAUGUGCCAGUGACACCAGAGGACACUGAACAACUCUGUCAGCAGUUGAAUUACAUUAGACCCACUCAUUACGGAGGGUUUUGGGACUUCACUUCGGAUCUAGCUAAGGCCGACACCGCAUAUACCAAUUUCGAUAUUAGCAAUCAUACUGACGGGACGUAUUGGCUGAAUUCUCCCGGAUUACAGCUAUUCCACUUGCUCUAUCAUGAUGGUGCUGGUGGAACUACUUCGCUUGUUGACGCUUUCAAGUGUGCUGAGAUUAUGAAGGCCAAAUAUCCCCAAAGUUAUGAUAUCUUUACACGAGUUCCAGUCCCAGCUCAUUCUGCAGGCGAGCCAAAAGUAUGCAUCCAGCCUGAUAUGGCCCAACCUGUUUUCAAGUUGGAUGCACAGGGUGAGCUUAUCCAAGUCAGGUGGAAUCAAAGUGAUCGAUCAACGAUGGAUUUAUGGCAAGAUGAUCCCGAGGAUGUAGUCAAGUUUUACCAAGCUAUCAAAGAUUGGGUUCUGAUUAUCAAUGAUCCCGAAAAUGAGUUGUGGUAUCAAAUGAAACCGGGACAAUGUUUGAUUUUUGAUAAUUGGCGAGUAUUGCAUUCAAGGAGCGAAUUUACGGGGAAAAGACGGUUAUGUGGAGCGUACUUUGAAAGAGAUGAUUUUGUAUCACGUUUGAAAUUGUUGACAUUGGGUAGAGAAGCAGUAUUGGAUGCCAUUUGA